AUGGCGUGCACCAACGUUUGGAAUGAUUCCGAGGUCUUUCUACUGGGUAAUCGUAGCCAGACUAAUGCAUGUGAUAACGACAGUAGUAAACCAGUGGAAAGAUGGACCGUGGAGGUGAUCACACGUGUGGUAUCUGUGAUGGCAGUGAUGUUGUUUACUCUUAUAGGAAAUUUCUUUCUAAUAGCUCUGCUAACAUACAAAAAAUCUCGUCGAAGAAAGCGUGUAAACAUCUUUAUAAUUAAUUUGGCCAUUGGAGAUUUGGCUGUCGCCUUCAUUACGAUGUCUACAGAGAUUAUAUUCAUCGCCUUCAAUGAAUGGGUUCUUGGACCUUUCUUAUGUAAAUUCGCCGUCUAUCUCCAGUGUGUUACGUUAUCUAGUGCAACUUUUCUGUUGACUGGAAUGAGCGUGGACCGAUAUCAAGUCAUUGUCAAACCAAUGCAAUCACUGGCCAAAAGACCCCAAAUCUGGACGAAGGUUCUCUGUGCAUGGAUCUUAGCAUUUGUGUUUGCUCUGCCACAACUAGCCAUAUUUGUUGAAGAAAAACGAAUAAAGAAUGGAAAAUCAGUCAAAAUGUGUGUGAGCCGUGGCUACACGGCACAGUGGCAGCGUAAAGUGUUCUUUUCUUUUCUCAUGACGUAUGUUUUGAUCAUUCCCUCAACUGUUAUGUUAUACUGUUACUAUAAAAUAGCCAAGGUGGUUUGGGCACGAGCCAGUUCUCAUCAGCAGUCUUCUGAAGGUUCUUAUGAGGAAUUAAAAGCUUCUCCGAGAGUUUCAGUUCAAACAAAUUUGGUGUCUGCUUCUAAGCAGAAGGUUAUCAAGAUGACGUUAACUGUGAUUGUGGGGUUUCUAGUGUGCUUGACUCCGUACUUUAUCAUAUCAUUCAUACGGAUUUACAGUGAUUACAAAUUGAAGCUAGAUUAUGCAUUAUCAAUAUCGGAAAUAGUAUUUAUGGUGCACAGUGCCCUUAAUCCUGUUUUAUAUGGGAUCUUCGCAUUACGAUGGAAGCAUAUUAAAAAAUUCCAUUCUCGAUUUAAGUACCACAAAUCAAUCCGAGGUGAACGAGCGGCAGAUAAGAGAAGAGUUAACAACCUUCGCUUUGGAAUGGCAAUUUUGAAUGGGCGGGAGCAUAAUCAUGAAAAUAGUUUUAUUAUUACUAAUCACGCUGUUUCAAAGGAAGGAGAGACGCGGACCCAAACAGUACGACACUCCACCAAACACAACCUCUCUACGACUGAGCAGCAAUUAGUAAAUAAUCGAAUAAAAAAAGCUUCAUCUACGAGUUCUCUGCUGUUAUCUACCAACACGUCAAUAAAUCGAAGGAACAAAUCGGACUAUGGAACUCCUCUCUAA